ACUUUGCACUGUUCAUGUUUUGAUUUUGCAUGCUUUAGUAUAAAUGGUAUAUAGAUGUGAUAGAUAUGUAUCUUCCCCAAGUUUUUUGUGAGCAUAGCUUUGUCAGCUGAACACACCAAUACAACUGUGUGUUAAAAAUUUUAGAUGUUGAGACUAAAUUUGCUUUCUCUCUAGCAUUCAGACAUGUUAAGGAUAAGUGGAGGACAGGCGUGGUAUAUUAUUGAAGAAAUUCAACUGGAAGCGUAGCUAUGACAAUGAAACUGGAAGAGUGGAUGUUCAGCAUAACAUCCUGCCUGGUCCAGGGAGCUUGAAGCACUCCCAAGAACCUUGGCUUCACUCGUAUUACCUCAUACUUGCAACCCAAUGUGCUGCCCAUCUUAUGCUUCUCUCCCAGCCUCUACCAUGGUCUGAAUAUGUUUGGAAGAGGUGAAAUUCUGUAAAAUCAUAAAUAAUUUUUUCCUUUUAUAACUUUCAUUACAUACCUAAGUCUGAGGUAUUUUGAAAUAUUUCUUUUUAAUUAUGAACUCUCAGAAGGAAAAUAUUUCUUGCUGCUUUUAGGCUCUUCACCAUAAUUAUCCCUGAAAAAAUAGGUCUUGUUAUCAUAAGCAACAACAGCUUAGUUCAUUCCUCUCCCUCUCACAUUAUGCAGCUUUUACCUUUAAUUAUGCCAUUGUAUUAAUAGCAUAAAGCAGUUGUGGGCUGGAUUCAUACAGCGCACAGAGAGUGCUUGUAUCCACAGCAUGUUCAUGACUUCUCACAAUGUGGCUACCCUGGCUGCAGUCUGGAGGUGAUGCAGCAGCAGCACCUGAAGCUGUCUGGUGGCCCACCAAGGUGCCACAAGCUCUUGGAUGUGGUGUCUUCUGGUUCCUGCAGAUGAUGCUACACACUGGAGCCCGGUUGCAGGCCAGGUGCUGUGAGCGAUGGCGCUGGCUCUCCUGCUGCAGUGUGAAUGUUUGUAUCAAAAACAGCGUGGUCAGCAGGACAAGGGAAGUGAUCCUUCCCCUGUACUCUGCAUUGGUGAGGCCACACCUGGAGUAUUGUGUUCAGUUCUGGGCCCCUCAGUUCAGGAAAGACAUUGAAGUGCUGGAGCGGGUCCAGAGAAGGGCAGCAUGACUGGUGAAGGGACUUGAACACAAGACCUACGGGGAGAGGCUGAGGGAGCUGGGGUUGUUUAGUCUGGAGAAGAGGAGGCUUAGAGGUGACCUCAUCACUCUCUAUAACUACCUGAAAGGAAGUUGUAGCCAGGUGGGGAUUGGUCUCUUCUCCCAGGCAGUUAGCAACAGGACAAGGGGGCAUGGGCUUAAACUCUCAGGGGAAAUUUAGGCUGGAUAUUAGAAAUAAAUUCUUUACAGAGAGAGUGGUCAGGCAUUGGAAUGGCCUGCCCAGGGAGGUGGUAGACUCACUGUCCCUGGAGGUUUUUAAACUGAGAUUGGACAUGGCACUUAGUGCCAUGAUCUAGUAAAUGAACUGGAGUUGGACCAAGGGUUGGACUUGAUGAUCUCUGAGGUCUUUUCCAACCCAGUCGAUUCUGUGUCCUUCCCAUGUCUUCUCUCUGAUUAGCCUCACUCAUUUUCUUUCAGGCCCACCGUUUUAUGUUCCUGAAUCUGAAAUUAAAAGCUUGUUUCGUGACUGCUGUGAAAUUAAGUGUCUUCAAAAAGUUGACGACUUCUCAGAGAAACACAGACAAUGGGGACUAGAUUAUUUUCUGGAGGUGCUAUAUAUACUGAAGUUUGUAGCUUGAUUUAAAUUAAUUAAAAUAACUUACCUCCCAUGUUGCUUUUAUUUUUGUCUCACCUUCUAAAAUGACACGUGUUUUGGGGCACUCUUAAAGCACGCUUCAGCAUACAUAAAAAUGCCUGUGCAAAAUUUUUGUCCAUUUUGCCUACCAAGCCAGCUCUCCUACAUAACUGCCUUCACUCUCUUGGGACACACACAGCUUCUCUUCAACUCCAUGCACAAACAAGAAUGUUUAAAAUGUAUCUUUUUCUUCCAUAUAAAUUAAAAUCAUCAGAGCUAGAAAAAAAAGAAAUGUUCCGCUUCCUUUUUCGAUGUUGCCAGUUGAUGCUGACUGCCCAGUGCACUGCAGGUCAACCUUGGCAGCUGGCAGCCCUGGGAGCAAUGGUGGCUGCCAUUCAAAUACUGAUUCCUGCAACACUGGCCUUGCACCAGACAAAGGAGCUGAGUGCAAGAGGCAGGAAGUUGGUGCAAGUUGCUUCUCUCCAACCCUAUUAAUCAUGAUUACAGUCAGUUUUGGGCCCCUCACUACAAGAAAGACAUUGAGGUACUGAGAGACUUCAGAGAAGGGGAAUGAAGCUGGUGAGGGGUCUGGAGCACAAGUCUGACGAGGAGCAGCUGAGGGAACUGGGGCUGUUCAGCCUGGAGAAAAGGAGGCUGAGGGGAGACCUGAUCACUGUCUACAACUACCUGAAAGGAGGUUGUAGCAUGGAGGGUGUCAGUCUCUUCUCCCAAGUGGCAAGUGAAAGGACAAGAGGAAAUGGCCUGAAGAUGUGCCAGGGAAAGCUCAAAUUGGAUGUCAGGAAACAUUUCAUGGAAAGGGUUGUCAGGCAUUGGAACAGGUUCCAGGGACAUGGUUUACUGCCAGCUUUUCUGACAGAUAGAGACAAAAGGAUCUAGUGCAGCAACUUCUUUGCAGUCUCUCACUCCUGAGGCCCCUUCUUCAACUCUUCUUUCUUCUGGAGACGGGAAGGCAAAGCGUGUCCUGUCCCUGGGAGCCAACACUGUACCCUGCUUGUCCAUGGGAAGAGCCAGCACCUGCCAUUCCUCUCCAAAGACAUUUAUGCACAGUGAUUAGUGGAGCAGUGGAUCAUGGAAACAUAAACUGCAGUGGACAUGACUUAGAAUCAGUUCUUUUCUUGUCCAUGCUGACAAAAUAAAACCAGCAAUUCCUUACUUUAUAGAAAUUCUCCUAAAGUAGUAGCUGCUCCGAAUAUCUCUCAAGUUUUUAAUAUCACAGGAAAACAGGUGCAGCCAGAAGAACAUUUCCUCUAAUGACUGCACUGAACUACACAGGCAGGCACAGGCAGCUCCCAGUGCCAUUAAAUACACACAGCACCACUUGGUGGUGAAAGCAGAAUCACCAGUGACAUGAAGAAGAAGAUUUAACACCAGUCCACUUUCAGCUUUGGUUCAGUUUGGUUUUUUAACCCCUUGAACAUGAACUCGGUCUGGUCUGUCCAUCCUCACUUGCCAAAUAGCAUUCUGGUGCCUUCACUACAAGAAAGUGGAGCUACCGAGCAAAACAAGUCCCAGAGAGCCGAACCUCAAAGCCAGCAGAACCAAAGGCUGCUGAGCACCACACAGAUGCACCCACUUGGAGGAGCUUCCAGAAUUCUACAGCAUUUUACCACAUGGUUUCUGGUGACACAGCCUGAAGAUAUGUUUAAACACAUGAUCCAGCUUAGUAUCUGCCUGUACCCCAAAGAAGAGCAACAUCAGCUCACAACUGGUGUUUUCUACAGACCUGGGCCAUCAACAAACACACCAGACACAGAAAAACCAAAGGCUUAGAGCAGUUGAAAUACAACUAUUAUUUUUCCAUUCCAUCAACCAGUUAGGAAACUACCUGUGGCUUGUGCACUUACAGAACAGAACACAAUAACUAACAAAAAGAAAGUCUUUGAUUCGGAAGAGAUCAGCGCGUCUUUACAAGAAGUCAUGAGUUCAACACACAAAGUCAGUAUUCUCAUUAGCAACGCACCUUCCCUGAAGAGGAACUCCUCACCUUUGAUCAAAUGUCAGCUGCAAGAGUGUGUAAACAAAACAAAACAGCCCACACCAAAACCCACCCACACCCCAAAAGCUCUAUUUACAUUAUACAUCUAUAUAACAUGUCUUCAUAGAUGAUAACUCUUGAAUUCAUACUUCAGGUCCUUCUCCUCCAGGAACCAGCUAGGAAAGAUAAAAACCAUUUUCUGUUAGUGCCACACAUUUGAGUUCUACAGACCCAUAUGCGACAGUUCUUGCUUUACAGCAUUUUCGCAGAUGGAGACUUCAGGGUUGACCACAAAAGCAGUUUUUAUAUUCAGGAUGAUCUUACUCUCCCAACAGAUGAAGCCAGUUACUGCCAGAGAAGCAGACAGAGAAUGCUUAACAAAACAGACAUGAGCUCCCAGAGAACACACAUUUUGACUUUUGUCUUUGUUAUUCACUUCCAGGAAACAAUUCUGUCUAGAAACGCUACAGUUCAUUUCUGAAAGGUCAAAGAACAUGCUUCAUUUCAUGAAGCAUUUCUCCAGUCACUCAUUCUUCCCCAGACUGGCGCUAGACUGGGAAGGUGGUUUCCUCUUGUCAACUUCUAGCGCAAUGCACAGUCCAACAAGUAAUAGAGCCUGAACCCUUCUACAGGCAGCAGGGAGCCAGGCAGCAUUGCACUUUCCUGUGAAGAAAGUAAAGAACUGACCAACAGAAAAAGAAACACAAAUGGAAAAACACAGAUAAGGGACAAAAAGGAGAGCCACUCCUUUCACUGACAUCUUCUCAAGAAAGAGCUGAACACUUCUAGAGACAAAAAGCUGAGCUGCCCUUGGGACUGACCUAAGGAAAAGACUAAAGCACGCGCUCCCAUGUGGGAAAACAUGUCCUCAAAAGACACAAGAUCUAAUACAGAAACAUGUUGAUGUCUUGCUGAAAAUCUGCACUCUCACGAAUCACCAGCUUCUGCUUCAAGGACAGCACACCACCAGCUCCACUGCAUGGCAGUCACUUUUCCCCAUACAAGAAGCCACAACAUGCACCAACCCUUAAGGAUGAAGAACAAUAAGCAGAGCACAAAGAGGCUUCAACAUUCAGUCAAGAUGGCUCAGACACACAGUGGGGAGGUGCAAGGUGGACAAGACAGCAAAAUGGAGAUUAUUCGUUCCUCGUUCGCACACAACUGCCUUAGGCUCAAGUCAGUCUUACUCAUCCCACAACAUUAGGAAUGCCCUCAUGCAGGAAUCUCAGAGUUUGCAGCCAUCUAUGCAGACAAGCAAAAAACUACUGUGGGUCUGUUCUUCUGGUACUUAGGAAGUUGCAGAAUUCAGCUUAGGGAUGGAUAAUCACAAGAUUUAACUGCUGGUUCAGAACUGAUCUACAUACAUCAGCACAUGAUAAACUAGAUAUUGGAAUGCUUCUGAAGCGGUAUAAUCCAACAGACGUCCAGAUUUUCUUUUCGGAGUACGUCAAGGUACAACUCUCUGGGCAUCACAUGCUGUCAUAAUUGCCAAAUGACUUGAUGAGCUCAUAAACAUCCAAACUGCUGCAAAUACAACUAUACAUACGAUAAUGGAUGAAAUGCAGAUGUAUCCCAUCCCACACUGUUAUGCAGGCAAAGACUCAUGACCUGUAGGAACCAGCCUACAGACUGGGCAACAAAGCCAGUGCUUCCCUUGCACACCUGAAGACCAGAAAAGCAUCCAUCAAAACAAAGUUAGGGCUACGCUCUCUUCAUGGGUUUUAACUGUAACAUGUACCAAGUAAGGCAAUAAGAUCACUUUUCCAGCACCACUCACACAUCAAUAUGCCCCAGAAGCUACCUGAAAGUAGCUUAUGGAACACACCUGUCUGGAAAGCUCAGCUUGAAGUAGUUGAACUAAAUUACCAAUUGCUUUACAGGCAGAGAAAAUAAAUGCAUGCAGCAUUUGAACAAUGAUGACUUACCAUUGUUAUGUUCUUUCCAUUGAGCAAAAUCUGGUCUAGAUUUGUGAUUCUUCUGCCCUCAGGUGGAAUCUCACUGAAGUAGCAUUAGAAAAAGAAAGUAAGAAUGUUAUAGUUGAAUUGAAUUUUGUGGGCUGGGCUGUGUUUCUGAUUCUGUAGACCAUAUCCAGGAUUCCUACCUUAUCGUAAAAGCUAUGCAAGUUGUAUACGAGCUCAUAUUUUAGAGAACUGAAAAUUAGUUCUGUUAGUUCUCAGUAAGCUCUUAUCUUAUCUUGAAAGUGCUGAGAAGGUACAUUUGCUAUCAUCCAAGAAUUUGUAUAAUUUUAUACGAAGUGCGCAUGUGCAGUGACAAAAGGUGAAAAGUACACUAGUGAUGAAGACUACUUACUUCAUCCUGAAGACCCCCUGAACGACCACCAGAGGACACUGCGCAUGCUUAGAGUAGUUCCAAGGUGUUGCAACUGAUAUUGUGAAAUAAUUGUGUAACCUAAUGAAUAUGCAAUAUACACAUUGUAACUUUAAUGAAUAUGUAUGUAACCAAAUUGUAUAAAAUGGUGAAGUUUGAAUCAGUGGUCGGAGCCAGCUUUGGGUGCGAGGCCCUGGUUUCCCCAGCGCUGAAAUAAAGCACCACAUAUAACUACGCCCGUGGUUAUGUGUCCUGAAUGCUAACAUUUUUGGCGACCCAGAUGGGACCUCGCGAGCAUUGCUGAGGCGGAUCGCGUCUUGAUCCUGCUCCAGCUAGCACCUAGGUAUUCUUGGGGAGUGCAUCGGAUGCGACCGACCCUCUGCUGCUCAUGACGGACCUCUGACUGGUAAGAAGGUGCUUUAUCUGGAUUGUUGGGUACCCGCCUGGUCUGGUUCUGGUCUGGUAGCCUGCUGGUCAGGCAUCUGGUAGCCUGCCGGUCAGACGCGGCGAAAGCCAUGCUCGGUUGGGCAGGGAGCUCCCGUGGUAUUGCCUAGGCAGCCGUCCGUCAGACAGAGGGAAACCUCUGCAGGCUCGGCAUCUGGUCUGGUCUGGUUAUGUGUGCCGCAGGCUCGGCACCUGGUCUGGUUAUUUGUGAGCACCUGGUCUGGUUAUUUCUGCUACUCAGCACCUGGUCUGUAGUUCUAGUGAUUUAAUCUGUAUUUACUGUUGAAACCGGUGAUUUGAUCCUGUUUACUGUUGUUCUGGUAAAGUUACCUGUGUUAUCUUUCUGUGUUAGUUAUCUGUAUCCUUCUCUGUUGAUAUGUCAAAUUUAAACGUAUCGCCAUCAAAUUGCUUUCUGAAACAUUAGAAGGAGGCUGGGUUUGGACAGUUUAUGCAUAAAAGAAGUGUGAUUGUGAUCUGUUUGCAUAUUUGAACUCGGUAUUCGGUUUGCAUGUCUGAGCUCAGUAUUUUAGUUUGUAUGUUUAUAUUUGGUACCAAAAGAAUUUGUUUGGGGAAAUAAUUACAAAAUAAGAACCGUUUCCGUUACUAAAGUGCCACCUUGCUCCCCCUUCAGAUGCAUCUGUACACAUGAAAGUAAAUUGAGUUAGCUGUGCUGCAGUUAGUGUUGUUUUGUGGAUAGACUGAUUUGGAUUUGGAUCUAAAAUUAAUGUCAGGGAUUGAUGCUUAGUAUGCUGUUUAUUGACAUCUGUAAGAAGUUACAAAAGGUAGGAGCUGAGGGAUUGUUCAGCUAAUUGAAAUUAUAUAUAAAGUUUAUAAUCACAGGAAUUAAAUGAAGAGAGAAAAAGGGCAAAAGGAGCCCAAACCUGUGCCCGGCAGCUUCUCCUUGAUAAGCUGCAGAGAAAAAAAAAAGGUGAAAAGCUGACUGUCUGCUAAAGCGGUGGGAAAGUGGGGGGGGAGCGGCGGCUGCUAGAGCUGGAGCUGCAGCUCCUCUCCUCCGGGCUCGCCGCCCGCGGGGGAUCAUCAAACGUAAUAGCACCCCUGAGGCAGGCAGUAGGUGUGGGGGGAACCAGUCUAUGUAAAAGUUCCGUUUUCGCCAGGGGAUUUAGUAAUCUGGAAGCAAUCGGCUGGUCCUUAUCGGGAAAAUCCAGAUAAGGUUGCAAUAAUUAAGAUGAUAAUUAAAAUGCAGAAUCCUGAUUGGGAUGAUUUACAAGUGAUUUUGGAUACAUUAAUGGACUCUACAGAAAAUAUAUGGUUAUACAGGUUGCGAGGGAUAAAGUGAGAGAAGAUGUUCGGAAUGGGAAAGUAGAGGCUAACGUUGAUGAGAACUUUCCAAAAGAAGAUCCCCGAUAAUACAGGAGAUACAGACAAUACAGGAGGCGGGUUAAGCCGUCUCCGGAGGUAUCAGGAUUGGUUAUUGAUUGGCGUUCAAACUGCUAUGCCGAAGCAAAUGAAUUGGUCAAAAUUGUAUGAUGUGAUGCAGGAAAACAAUGAGUCUCCCUCGGCCUUUUUAGAAAGAUUAAAAGAAGCUGCCAAAACCGGGAUGUAAAAUUUUUAGUAGACACAGGGGCUAUUUAGUCUGUACUGAAUUCCUUACAGGGGGCGGUAGGUCACAGAGCUACAACAAUUGUUGGUGCCACAGGGAAGGAGGAAGUACGGCCAUUCCUACAACCCUUGGAUUUGUGUUUUGGAGAAAAGGAACUAACCCACAAGUUCUUAUAUGUUUCAGAUUGUCCAGUUUCUCUUUUAGGACGAGAUUUGCUGACUAAAUUAGAUGCCACAAUAACGUUUGAGGAUGGAAAUUUGGUAAUGAAAGUUCCGGAGUCAAAGGUAGGACAAAUUUUACUAUUAAAGGAAAAUCCAACUGUAAAAAUACCACAGGCAAUAGAAGAUGCAGUGAUUCCCACGGUAUGGGAAACUGACAUACCUGAGAAAUCAAAGGCAGCUAAACCUGUGAAAGUAGAGCUGAAGGAAGGUGCUGAACUGGUACGAUUAAGACAGUACCCAUUGAAAUUGGAAGCCAGAUUAGGAGUAGUGUCUUUAAUUGAGAAAUUUUUGAAAUAUGGAAUUUUAGAAGAAUGUGAAUCAGAAUAUAAUACUCCAAUUUUUCCAGUAAAGAAACCUGAUGGUAGCUAUCGACUAGUCCAAGACUUACGAGCAAUAAACCAGAUCACUAAGGACAUACAUCCAGUAGUUGCAAAUCCGUAUACCUUGUUAACAUCUGUGAAAGAGAAAUAUAAAUGGUUUACAGUACUUGAUUUAAAAGAUGCCUUCUUCUGCAUACCCCUUGACCAGGAAAGCAAAAAGUUAUUCGCUUUCGAAUGGGAGAAUCCACACAACGGGAGAAAGGCCCAAUUAACCUGGACACGCCUUCCACAAUGAUUUAAGAAUAGUCCGACUAUCUUCGGAAAUCAACUAGCCAAAGAACUUGAGGAAUGGACUAUGAGAGGCUAUAUCGGAAUUCCUCGACAAUGGUAUUUGUUGCUGCAAUAUGUGGAUGAUAUUUUGAUUGCUGCUGAGACCCAAGAACUUUGCAUUCAGGUAACAAUUGAAAUAUUGAAUCAAUUGGGAAUGAAUGGAUAUAAAGUGUCAAAAAAUAAAGCUCAGAUUGCAUCCACAACUGUGAUCUAUCUAGGAUGCGAGCUUUCUCAAGGACAGCGAAGACUGGGUAUAAACCGUGUACAUGCUAUCUGUGCGAUUUCAGAACCGCGUAACUUACAUGAAUUAAGAUCUUUUCUAGGAAUGGCAGGAUGGUGCAGGCUCUGGAUCAUGGACUAUGGGCUCGUUGCCAAACCUUUAUACGAGGCACAGAAGAAUAAGACCUUAGUGUGGGAAAAACCACAACAGGAAGCUUUUCAAAAGUUGAAACAGGCUUUAAUGCAAGCACCUGCUUUGGGCCUACCUGAUCUGAGUAAAGACUUUCAGUUAUUUGUACAUGAACGACAGAGACUUGCUCUAGGGGUAUUAACCGAACGGCUGGGAUCUUGGAAAAGGCCCGUAGGUUAUUUCUCUAAACAACUUGACCUGGUAAGUGCUGGAUGGCCGACGUGCUUGCGGGCGGUGGCUGCUACCGUGAUAUUAGUUCAGGAAGUCCGGAAACUGACUAUGGGAAAAAAGAUCGAAGUGUUUGUAUCCCAUAUGGUGACUACUGUAUUGGAACAAAAGGGGGGCCAUUGGCUUUCCCCAAGUAGGAUGAUGAAAUAUCAGGCAAUUUUAACAGAGCAGGAUGAUGUUAUCCUAAAAACAACUAACCUAAUGAAUCCAGCUGUGUUUUUAAGUGCAGAGACUGAAGAAGAAAAUCUGGAACAUGAUUGUGUGGAGGUCAUUGAAUAUACCCACGCAAGUCGACCUGACCUGAAAGAUACCCCACUGGAGGAGAUGGAUUGGGAGCUUUUUACUGAUGGCAGUAGUUUUGUGGAAAGCGGAGUGCGGUAUGCAGGAUACGCGAUUACUACUGCCAAAACAAUAAUUGAAGCUAAAUCCCUACCACCAAACACAUCAGCACAGAAAGCUGAGUUGAUAGCCCUAACUAGGGCAUUAGAGCUCAGUGAAGACAAAAAGGUCAAUAUUUGGACUGACUCAAAAUAUGCAUUCGGGGUUGUUCAUGUACAUGGAGCUCUUUGGAAAGAGUGUGGACUACUCUCCUCCCAAGGAACAAACAUCAAGUACCAAAAAGAAUUAUUGAACUUGAUUAAUGCCGUUCAAAAGCCAUCACUAGUUGCCAUCAUGCACUGUAAAGCUCAUCAGAGUGGGACAUCGAAAAUUAUUGAAGGAAAUCGACUUGCUGAUCAGACAGCCCGAUCAGUGGCACGACGAGUCUGGAUGAUGGUGGGUCUCGUCUCCCAGAAGGUAAGAGCAAUUGAUUUAUUACCUACACCUUCAGAGGCACCUGAAUAUUCUACAGAAGAUGAGAAAUUGGCAAGACUAGUAAAAGCCGUCAAGGAUAAUUCUGCAUGGUAUGUAACCGCCAAUGGACAAAUUGUGGUGCCUAUCACAAUUAUGAGAGGGAUACUUCAGGCAGAGCACCAGAAGUGUCAUUGGGGUGCAGAAGCAUUGGUAACUUAUCUAAGAAAACAAAUUAUCUCGGUCCAGAUGUUAACAAUGGCAAAAUCUAUCACAGCUAAGUGUGAAAUUUGCUUGAGAAAUAAUCCUUUAGUUAAAAGGAAAGUAGAUAUGGGAAAAAUUAGGACAGGUGUACAACCAGGAGAUUGUUGGCAAAUAGAUUAUGUGGAACUCCCCAAAACCUGAGGAUUCAAAUAUCUGUUAGUUGGGGUAUGCACUUUUUCAGGAUGGCCAGAAGCCUUCCCUUGUCGCACCAACCAGGCACAAGAAACUGUAAAAUGGUUAUUGAAGGAAAUAAUUCCUAGAUUUGGAGUACCAUUGGGAAUAUCAUCUGAUAGGGGACCACAUUUUGUUGCUCAAGUGGUAAAGGAAGUCAGUAGAUGUUUGGAAAUUAAAUGGGAAUUACAUACCCCGUGGGGACCCCAGUCUAGUGGCCAGGUGGAGAAAAUGAACCAGACGCUAAAACGACAGCUUAGCAAAAUUUGUCAGGAAGCAAAAAUUCAAUGGCCCCAGGCCUUACCAAUAGCGUUAUUGCAAAUUAGGAUUAAAACCAGGAGGGGAAUGUCAGUAAGCCCAUACGAGAUUCUGUAUGGCAAACCAUAUGAAGCACCUAAUCCGAAUCCAAGUGUACAUGUAAAAGGUAAUCAGGAUGUGUACAAUUAUGUGUUGUCUCUCGGCAGGACAUUGAAUCGACUCAGAUCCAUAUUAGUGUGGAAUUGCCCACUAGCACUUGAGAAUCCAGUACAUGAUAUAGAGCCUGGAGACACGGUGUAUAUAAAGACUUGGAGAGAAGAUCCUUUAAAAGAACGUUGGGACGGACCUUAUCAAGUACUUUUAACUACAUUUACCGCAAUCAAGGUUGCCGAAAUAGAUUCCUGGAUACAUUACACCCGAGUGAAGAAAGUCCCAAAACGGUGGCAAUCACAAUUAGUGGGUCCAACCACACUUAAAAUCACAACGCAGGAUGUCUAACUUUUAUCACCGCUUUGUGCUUAUAGUAGUUUAUGUACCCAGACUGUAUGCCACACUGAUUUGCAAAGUCACUGGAGAACAAUUAUGCAAAACACGAAGGGUUAUAGGAGAUAGUGACGAUGCUCAAAUGCCGCAAAUAGUGCAGAGUGUACAGAAUCAGGCAGAGAAUCUGAUGAUAGGACUAAUUCGAGAUUUUGCACGAACCCAAAAUGCCAGUAGCAUCACUGCUUGCCUUCCCAUUCCAAAAUCGGCCGAAGACCCAAUACAAUGGGGAAUAAUAUCUACAACCUUACCGAGAAUGAAUAAAACUGGUAAGAUAGUGUGUGAAUCCCGUACUAGGCUGGAGCAAGUGCCAACUGAAAAAUGGGUAAAAACAGGACCCGAACCAGUGGAAUUUAGAGGAAAGGUAAUUCUCAAAGAAAGUUGGACCAAAAAGACAGUAUAUGAAGAGGUUAAUCGGACCUAUUGGGAAUGUAAAAAUCAGGAUAAUCAGAACAUAACUGAAUCAUAGUACAGCAAUAUCAAUAUAGUGAAGCAUUUCCAUGGUGUAUACGAUGGACCAAUGUAACGAGAGGAGUAACAGUACCAUGGUGGAAUUGCUCUCGAGUGAUGACCUGCCAGACAGAUGUGAGAGAAAUACCUCUGUCCAUCAUUAAAGUUGCAGUAAUCACAGGUUGCAUUUUUCAGAAACAAUUGGAUCCAAAGGAAGCAAUCAAAAUAGGCAUUGAUGGAGAUAAGAUAGAUUGUAGAGGAACUAUAGGUAGUGUGGGACAUUUGGUUUGGGCCUUAAGUGAUGGAACCUGGACAACACAUUUACCGAUAGCAGGACCUGUAAGGGAGGUUACUUUGGGGUUACCAACCCUAUGUCCCAUUUGGAAGAGGUCACCCCUGAAGAAUAGGCAAGAACUCCUACAAGUUAGGCACAAGCGAGAGAUAGAUGAAGAUGAUGUGUGGCACGAGCCAUCAGGUAGUGUUAAAUUCAGCUGGGCAUUAGAAUCUUUCUUUGCACCAAUUGCAGCCUAUAGAAACAGAGAAAUGAUUGACAGAUUAAUUGGACAGAUGGAUUGAUUGGCAAGGAUAACCAAAAAGGGUUUUCGAGAUUUCAGUAUACAAUUGCAAGCUAUGACCAAAAUGACUUUGCAGAACAGAAUGGCACUUGAUAUAAUGUUGCUAAAAGAAAAUGGGGUUUGUGGGUAUUUAAAGGAUAGGGUUGAUCACUGCUGCAUUCAUAUCCCAAACAUAACCUCUGAAGUGGAGAAAGAUAUUUCCCAAUUAACCCAAACAGAAAAGGAACUGCAAGCGGAAAAACAAGAUGUAGAGCAGAGCUAGAUUGGGGCCUUGCUAGGCAAAUUGAACCUGAACCUGGGAGGAUGGGUAUAUUCGUCGUUGGAAAGUUUAUUUUUGCUUGCUAUUAUAGUUGCUCUUUUCUUUUUGCUGUAUGCUUGUAUUAAGCAUCAGAUAAGUCAAUCAAACGCCAGGAACGACGGCAUCUUUACUGUUCUUAGCAGACCUACUUCUGACAACCCUCCAGCUUAUAAGGAAAACAUAAUGUAGUGAAAAUGCAUUGUCUAGGAAUAGAAAAGCAUUUUCAAAGGGGGGAAAUGUUAUAGUUGAAUUGAAUUUUGUGGGCUGGGCUGUGUUUCUGAUUCUGUAGACCAUAUCCAGGAUUCCUACUUUAUCGUAAAAGCUAUGCAAGUUGUAUACGAGCUCAUAUUUUAGAGAACUGAAAAUUAGUUCUGUUAGUUCUCAGUAAGCUCUUAUCUUGAAAGUGCUGAGAAGGUACAUUUGCUAUCAUCCAAGAAUUUGUAUAAUUUUAUACGAAGUGCGCAUGUGCAGUGACAAAAGGUGAAAAGUACACUAGUGAUGAAAACUACUUACUUCAUCCUGACGACCCCCUGAACGACCACCAGAGGACACUGCGCAUGCUUAGAGUAGUUCCAAGGUGUUGCAACUGAUAUUGUGAAAUAAUUAUGUAACCUAAUGAAUAUGCAAUAUACACAUUGUAACUUUAAUGAAUAUGUAUGUAACCAAAUUGUAUAAAAUGGUGAAGUUUGAAUCAGUGGUCGGAGCCAGCUUUGGGUGCGAGGCCCUGGUUUCCCCAGCGCUGAAAUAAAGCACCACAUAUAACUA